UGUUGAAUCAAUUGAAAAAUCAUCAAACGAAUCAAAUCAUUCAACAAAAUCAAAUCCCAAAACAAAAUCAACCAAAAAUGAAAUCAUUUAUCGCUAUCGUUUUCUUUGCCGUUUUGGCUUUGGCUACUGCUCAACAUUAUGGUGGUUUAGGAUAUGGUCGUGGUGUUGUUGGUCCAGCAUAUGGUGGUGGUUUAGGAUAUGGUCGUGCUAUUGCUGCUCCAGCAUAUGGUGGUUAUGGCGGAUAUGGCGGAUAUGGUCGUGCUAUUGCUGCUCCAGCAUAUGGUGGUUAUGGCGGAUAUGGCCGUGGUGUUGUUGGUCCAGCAUAUGGUCCAGGUUUGGCUGUCGGCGGAUAUGGUCGUCCAUACCAUGGUUAAGAUGUAGAAGUCUUAUAAUCUUGUAAAUGUUAACACCAAACACAUGUAUUAUUUGAAGUAAACACUUGUUGUUUCUAAUCAAAAAAAACCAAAUAAAAAAACUUGUCGUUAGACAACAAAUUUG